GUCAGCAGUACCCUCCUCCGUGACGUCAGGCCGCGGUGUCCGCCGGUCAGACCGGGACUCGCUAGCACAAGAUGGCGGCCACUGUUCCCGGGGGUCCCGGGACUCAACUCCCGCCGCACCGAGCGGCACCGGCCCGUAUUGGAUAUUACGAAAUAGACCGGACCAUUGGCAAAGGAAACUUCGCGGUUGUAAAAUUGGCCACGCAUAUUGUCACCCGGGCAAAGGUUGCAAUAAAGAUCAUCGACAAAACUAAGCUGGAUGAUGAGAACCUAAAGAAAAUUUUCCGGGAGGUCCAGAUUAUGAAGAUGCUGUGUCAUCCCCAUAUUAUCCGCCUUUACCAGGUAAUGGAGACAGAACGAAUGAUCUACUUGGUUACUGAGUAUGCAAGUGGAGGCGAGAUAUUUGACCACUUGGUGGCUCAUGGACGCAUGGCAGAGAAGGAAGCCCGCAAAAAGUUUAAGCAGAUCAUGGCUGCUGUCCAUUUUUGUCACUGUAGGAAUAUUGUGCAUCGAGACCUGAAGGCUGAAAACCUGCUCCUGGAUGCAAACCUCAACAUUAAAAUUGCAGAUUUUGGGUUCAGUAACCGUUUCACUCCCGGACAACUGCUUAAGACUUGGUGUGGGAGUCCUCCUUAUGCAGCCCCAGAAUUAUUUGAAGGCAAGGAGUAUGAUGGACCAAAGGUUGACAUUUGGAGCCUGGGAGUUGUACUUUAUGUUCUAGUUUGUGGAGCUCUCCCAUUUGAUGGAAGUACUUUACAGAACCUGCGGGCACGUGUCCUUAGUGGGAAGUUCCGUAUACCCUUCUUUAUGUCCACAGAAUGUGAACAUCUGAUAAGACACAUGCUGGUUCUGGAGCCCAGUAAACGGCUUUCUAUGGAGCAGAUUUGCAAACACAAGUGGAUGUGCCAAGGAGAGCAGGAUCUGGAAUUUGAAAGGCUGAUAGCAGAGUGCCAGCAUGUGAAGUUAGAACGACAGAGGGAGCCCCUCAAUGAACAGGUUUUGUUGACCAUGGCUGAAAUGGGUUUGGACAGAGAACGUACCCUACAGUCGCUUAGGACAGAUGCCUAUGAUCACUAUAGUGCUAUCUACAGUUUACUCUGUGAACGUCUGAAGAGGCAUAAAACACUUCGGCUCCCAACUCAGCCAAGUGCACCUAGAACUGUUUCUUAUUCCACUCCUUCUGUCCAGGCCGAUGCUGCGAGUAAUACAGUCAGUAUAAAUGUCCCUCAGGUUCAGCUCAUCAACCCUGACAACCAGAUAGUUGAGACAAAUGGAACCAUGAAUCUGGAUAGUGAUGAGGGGGAGGAACCAUCACCUGAGGCACUGGCCCGGUACCUGUCUAUGAGGAGACACACAGUGGGAGUGCCAGACACACACAAUGAAGCUGGCACAGAUGAGCUGCAGAAGAUAUUUCCUGGAUAUCCAAGGGUCACUCAGCAGAUUCCAUUCCUUCCAGUGACACAGAAUGCCAAUGUCCUGCAUACCCUACUGCCCAUGCCACCUAGCGCACAUCUCGAGUACAAGGAGCAGUCUCUCCUUCAGCCCCCUACCCUACAGCUGCUGAAUGGAAUGGGGCCUCUUGGACGCAGAGCCUCAGAUGGAGGGGCAAACAUUCAAAUGCAUGCGCAGCUACUUCUGAAACGACCACGUGGACCAUCUCCACUAGUCACCAUGGCUACAACUGUGACCGCUGUGACACCAGUGGAUGAGGAGAGUUCAGAUGGAGAACCUGAUCAGGAGGCAGUUCAGAGGUACCUUGCUAAUCGAACAAAGCGUCACACCUUGGCUAUGACCAAUCCCACUGCUGAGGUUCCAUCUGAUCUCCAACGUCAGUUAGGGCAACAGCAAUCUUUCCGGAACCGGGCCUGGCCCCCUCACCUUACUCCUGAUCUAUACCGCUCCAUGUACAAAGACUCAAACACCCUUCAUCUUCCCGCUGAGCGUUUCUCUCCAGUUCGGAGAUUCUCUGAUGGAGCAGCCACAAUCCAAGCUUUCAAAGCUCACCUGGAGAGGAUGGGAAACCAGAACAGCAGCAUCAAACAGCUGCAGCAGGAAUGUGAGCAGCUUCAAAAGAUGUAUGGUGUGCACAUGGAUGAGAGAACUCUGGAGCAUACGCAACAGCAGCAUGUCAUGUACCAACACGAGCAUCAUCAACAUCUCCUACAGCAUCAGAUUCAGGAUUGUAUACGACCUGCACAGCCAUCCCCUCCUCUUCAGUCAUCUUCGAUGGCCCCAGCCCCUGAAAAUCAGCCAGCCCUGCUUACACACCAACUACAGAGGUUACGAAUUCAGCCUUCUAGUCCACCCCCAAACCCAGCCAGCAACCACCUAUUCCGACAGCCAAACAGUAGUCCCCCUCCAUCCUCGAGUGCCAUGCUCCAGACACAUGGGGCCUCUUCCUCAUCUCAGUAUCCAGGAAUGCCAACACACAGUUCAAUCUACCAGCCUCCUAGCACUGGAUGCCCCCCUCCCAGCAUGGCAUUGCCACGCAUGAGUAUCCAGCAACAGCAAAGCCAGCAGCAGUCACCACAACAAGUCACCAUUCAGGUGCAAGAGGCAUCAGACCUACCAGGAGCCACUCGUGGCAUGCCAAUAAAUCCCUGUGCCAACCACAUUCAGAUUCAGCAGAGGGCAUCGUUGAUGUCUUCUAUGGGCAACUACAGCCACAGACCCCUUUCCAAGCAGCUGAGUGCAGACAGUGCUGAGGUGCACAGUUUGAAUAUGGCCCACUUCUCUUCAUCUACAAACUAUGACCAGACUCACCUGCACCCUCAUGUGUUUGCUGAGCAGCCGAGGCCUUCUCAAGCUGGUUACACAUCCACAGGAUCUGGAUACGGCCCAUCUGGGGGCACCGCAGCGUAUACACAGGCUUUAAAGGUUCCUCAGGUGGAGCAGUACCAAGGAUUCUCCACGGCUUCUCAUCAGAACUAUCCAGCCUCGUCCCUACAGCAGGCCUUGCUCUCCCCCACACCAGGCACUUACACGAGGCAUCACCAGCAGCUGCCCCACAUGCUGCAGGGUCUUCUCUCCCCUCGCCAUUCCCUCACAGGCCACACAGAUGUACGUCUACCCCCAGCUGAUUUUAUGCAGCUGAUUAAACAGCACCAGCAACAGCAGCAGGAGCUCAAUGAACUCUUUAGCCAGAAGCUGAGCCAAGGUGACCCAGGUACCCUUCCCUAUAAAAGUGCUUCUGAGCCUUACCAUCACCUUCUUCAGAUCCAUCCAGCAUCGACGGCUACCUCUGUGACCCGGUAUCACCCAUCCAUGCUCCAUUCAGAGAGCAUGGAGGAGGACUACUCUGGAGAAGGACAAAAGGAAUCUGAGGGAGAGACUAUAAGAAGCCUGUGCAAACCUUGCCAGGAGACUAGACAUGGGGACACAGAGUCUUUGCUUGGUACUCUGGAGCUUAAAGAGCAGGAACUGGGGGUACAGCCGUACCAGACACAGACCUCGUAUAAACGGACCAAGUCUGCCAGCAGAGAGCCAGGCCCUACCACAAAUUGCAUGGAUAGAGUCUCCCCACCCAACGUCAUGGAUGUUCCCGACCACAAUGGUAUUCCGUAUCCUUCAAGACCCUCUUCCAGUGAGCAUGCCCGAUCGAGGAUGCUUCAAAGGCACCACACCAUCCAGACAAGUGAUGAUGCCUAUGUACAGCUAGAUAAUCUGGCUGGGAUGAGUUUAGUGGCUGGAAAAGCUCUAAGCUCUGCUCGCAUGUCUGAUGCAGUUUUGAGCCAAUCUUCACUUAUGGGAAGUCAGCAACUCCAAGAUGGAGAGAGUGAGGACUAUACGGAAAAUCCAGAGGAAACCGAUUUAUCUGUACUGGGUGACAGUGGUCAGCAUCUGCCAACCUCCUGCUUUCCUUCCACAAUGUUAUUGGGUUACAAGCACACAGACCUGAACUUCAGCAUGGAACAGGCAGGAGUUUGAGGAUAUGUUUUCUGCCACAACAGAGGGUCCCAUCUUCUGAACACCAACAGUAUCUGCAGCUUUAGCGCCAAAUUUCAUCUAAUAUUCCUUCCCUAACAAACGACCAGCCUCUCUUAAACUGGUUCUAAAAGUUUUCCCAUUCACCUAUUUAUUUUAUUUCCUUGUCAUAUAUGCUCACUUUAACAGAUUCAAUCUGGAGCUUGGAACAUAAUGAGAUGAGUGUAGAGUGAGUGGUGGGGAAAUCUUCACCAUUCUCAUCUUUGGGAGGCUGGAAUCAGAGAGUGUGCUGCUUCCCAUUUGGGGAAUGAUAGUGACAUUUGGCAGUGCUUCUACUCAUGGGAACCAGGGAAGAAGGGAAGAGACAAUUUGGUAGUUAACUGUCCUAAGUAUAGUAAAACCAGCAAAGAAUCCAUUGGAAAAAGUACAGCAGAAGGUGCUGUAUGAAUAAAGACAGGAGAUUGGCACCAAAGGAGGCAAGGGCAAAGGUUGCAGUUUUCUCCAUAGGGUACUGCCAAAAGCAGGCUGGCAUAUUUGCUGAGACUUUUUGGAGAGGCUGGCACCCAGAGAACAAUAGUAGAUAUGGUUUCCAAGCAGACAACAGAAUUAGCUCUUGAAUGCCCAUGGCAUGUGCUGGUGGCACUUUAGGAUAAAGUCAAUAGAGCUUUAUAUGGAGAUAUUUGUACCAAAUUGCACACCUGACUUUUUUUGUCAUUUGUUGGAUGUACAAGUUUGACUAGUCCUAAAGGCAGUGGAACAUGAGCAGUAGAAUGCCCAAAAAUCACCCCAUGUGUUACUGCCUUCCAAAUAAUAAAUAAAAAGACAGGGAAAAUUAGAAAUGGAAGAUUCCAUCCACUUGUUCUCAUCUACAGACUUAUUGAAAAUCAUUUCUGCAGGGUCGGUCGGGGCUCAGCAGGAUUUGUACACUAUACUUCAAAGCAGCAGCUCCCCAGGUUCACAGUUCUAGCACUUUUCUUAUCUAGUCCAAAGAUUAAAUAUUGAGGCUGCCAUUGAUGUUUUUCAUAUGCACUUUUUUCCCUUUCAUUUGUGACUUUAAAAUGGGGGAAUCGCUGAUCAGCACAGCCAAAUUAGCUAAGUACAUUCUGUGGCAUGGUAGUUACACAGUGUUUAUCAUUUUCUUAAAUUUCUGAGGAAUCUGUGCAAGAGAAUCCAUUUGGCUCAGAAUAGGUUUGUUUUAAAACAAAUAAUGCCGCAUUACCUUUGGGGGGAAAAAAAAGCAGAUCAUUGUCUGACUGCCACCCACAUUGGAAUGAUCUUAUUAUUCAGCCCUCGGAUGUUAUAAAUUUACAGGCACUUUUCUCACCAGAAGGAGAAAAAGAAUGUUUCCCUGCUCUUUCUAUGUGUGUGUAAUACAUGACCUUGGGUUUCCCGUAGAUUUCCACAAUCAUACAUUUUUGCAUGGCACAAACAUGCUUUCAGAUCAAUAAUUGUAUUCAUUUUGGCAUACUUGUAAGAAUUUCUGCUAUAGUCAUGUAGCAUCAGAAUGAUUUCCCCUCAUCAGAUCCGUUUAACAGUUUCAGCAAAGAAAUGCUUUGUCAAAUAGUCAAAAUAAUGCAAAAAUAUUUUGAUCUGUAUAAAAAAUAAAAAAUCUAUAAAGAUAUUUCACUUUUAUAUAACUGUGCAAAGAUUAGCGGAGUUAGGAGCGUUUUAAAGAGGUUGUACAAGGGAUACGGACUCUCAGGGUGCCAGCUUCUGUUCAGCUACCCACAUGGUGCACAGACCCUGCAUCAUGCCCUUGAGGCCCUUGGGAAAUAUUUGGCCUGGUGCAAUAUGCUACUUAUUUUAAGUACAAUUUUAUUAUUUUCUUUGUUUUAAUCAUGAUUUAUGUGUAACUCCUUGUGCCAGCUGAAUGGCGAAGGAUUAAAGUGCUAUCUUCAAGUGUUCUGUGUGGAGUAUGAGUGGUGGUUGUGUAUAUAUGUAUGUGUAUAUAAAAGUGUGUAUGUAUAUAUAGUGAGAAUGUGUGUAUAUAAAGACUGUGCUCCAUACAAAAUGAUUAUUAUAAGCUCUGGCAACGGUAGUGUGAUGCCACUGCUGCUAGUGAUCCCACCAAGCUCAGUGCCAAUUUAUCUGCUUGGCCAGCAGUCAUCAGGUUUUUUUGUACUCAACUGUUACAAUAGGGACAGCUUUUGUCCUUGGCAUUAUAAAAAUCGGCAAGAGACUUUAAAUCCCAUGAUUCGUUACUAGCCUGUGGGCAGGGUGCAUGUGUACUAAGGCAUAAUGUGCAUAUCUGCAAUAAUAAACAGCUGAAUGGAACCUAAGCCACGGCUGUAACUCUAAAAUCUGAGGCCAAAGGGACAUUUAAAGUCCACUUUGUGAAAAAAGGAGAUUUAUUUGACCUUUCCAGUGGUGGAAGAAAUACACCUCCAGUAUCCACCAGCAGCUGAAGGCUGUUAGGAAUUGCAAGGAAUUGUAGUUCAGAAAUAGCUGAAAGUGUUGACCAUGUCUGCACUUUGUAUUUUCUGAAUACGUUUGCCCACCCUUCCCCAUUCUCCCUUUCACAGCUGUGUUUUCAUGCUUAUAUUCCAACCUGUAUUUUUUAAACUAUCGUUUUCUACUGUAUGCUCUUUCUGUUGCUUUAAAAACACACUUUUUGUUAGAUUUCCCCCAUAAUUAAGGUUUUAACUGCAUUUUCUCAUAAGCUGUAAUGUUUGCUUACCCAAACAAUGUCCUAUCCCAUGUGUCAUCUAAGCAUGCUAAACACAUGCUAUUCUGUCGAUUCAAUUCAAACCAAAUUAAAUGAGCCCAUAUAAUGCAUUGUGUUUCAUACAGAUAGCCAAGAGACCCUUAUGUAAAAAGGUGCAUAAACAUAUCAGAACUUUUAAAAAUUCAUAUAAAUGUUUUCUUCAUGGUUUUUAUUUUAACAAAGGCAUGCAUGACUCCACAUAUUGAAAGGAAAGUGUGAUCUAUCUCUUGACUGGUACAGACCAUUGCCCAAUGUCAUGCUUGACAAAGGGGACCUCCCUGAAACAUUGCAUCACGCAAUAAACAGCAAGGGUUUUGCCCUGCCAGCAGUAUCCUUGUGUGCCGGUGUUUCUUCCAUAUCUACAUGUUGAUUAGAGGUCACCGAUCCCUCUCUCACUGUAGACCAGGGAGUUCCUAGUCCAGAAGGCCAGAGUGUGCGAGGCAGACCAUUCUAUUUCUAUCGUGAACAGACCAUUGCCCAACCCAGCCUCACCUUGUUUUGUGGUGAAGUAAUGGGCUCUGGGACUUUAAAUUCCUCUCCUUUCAGGAGAAUCUGUGCCUCAACCCCCUUCAAGUUCCAGCAUCCAUCACUUCACAGUGAUACAAGGAAAUGUUGCUGUAAGGCAAAGGCUGGUUGAAAAAUGGUUUGUACGAGUCAUAGUUUCUUUCAAGAAUCCGCUAUAUCUGUUAAUUUAUAGCUAGCUAAUUUAUAAAAAAAAAUGGGGGUGGAGGAUAUAUUUUCUCUAAAGGGUGAUGGCAGACCUGGAGAUUUGUCAGUCCAUGGUAAAUCUGUGAUACUUUGAAUUUCAUUCCAAUGACUGCAAGAAAAA